UCCCCGCUCUUGCUAUAAUGGCUGUUAAAGCGUUUGUUCUCGUUCUACCCGAGUAAUUGCCCUGUUUUUUCCGUCAAAAUACUCACAAAUAUUCUCUAAUUAAUUGUGUGACUGCCCCCGCUCAGGUAAUGUGAUCGUUCCCCAGAAAAUCAUCAAAUAUCAGAGGAUAGAGAACUCGAGAGCAAGACAUUCCUCACUCACCAAAAAAAAAAUGAGUGACCUGAUAGACCUCUCCAGUCCAGAAGACAAGAGGCUGCGUCCAGCGCUCCCCUCGCCCUUGAUCCCGUCACCAGCCACCGACACUCCUCAGCCCUCCUCAGGCCUGAAUAUCUCUGACUCCCGGAGAAGCCUGGACAAUAACCCCUUCGACAUGGUCCUCCGAAAGACCUCAGAAUAUGUCAGCAAGUCGUCAGAUCCCUUCGAAAUAGUCUUCGAGAAGGCAACGUCAAAGCGUCUCUCAGAUCCUCUCAAGCUGAACAAGACCCUGGACGAGUCCCAGCUGAAUAUCACCCACAUGGUGGCCAAUGACCCGAGUGAUCACGUGCCUUCGAUCCUCGUGGAGCCCGCGAGCCCCGGGAACCUCUCGAUCCUCAAUGUAUCAGCCAUGAACGACAGCUUUCGGACAUUCUCAGAUCGCUUCAGCCUCUCUGGUACCCCAGGUGCCCUGGAAAAGUCGAUCCUCGACAAUUCAGCUAUGAACGACACCCUGUCGAUAUCCGAUGGGAGCUCGGACGACUGUUUCCUCAAAUCCUUCAUCGCCCAUAGGGUCUCCAUGUGCAUCAAGAAGGGAACUCUCGAGGCAGAACUGGAUGACACCAGGAGUAAGGGCCAUAAACUGAGAAGAUCCUUCUCUCAAGGGGACAAGCUCAGCCCCAGGAAGAUUAGGAAGAGGUCGACGUCAAUCAUCGGCGGCCGAAAGGAUUCCGAUUACUCAAUGACGUCUAUUCUCUUUGAGGAUCCACUCAACCUGGCCUUCGUGGCUACUGGCAAGGACAACUACUCCAGCGUCAGCGAUUACUCGGAGCUAUCCAGCAUCACCAGGAUAAACUCGGGAGCUUCUGGUGGGAGUUUCUACUCCGGAAAGUCCAGCAAUGACAGCGCUAAUAGAGGAUUUAUUGAGAGUAGUGGCGUCAGCGGGUCGAGGGGGUCUGAGGAGGGCUUUGGAGAACUUAUCUCCCGAUUCAAGAGCUGGAAAAUGAAGUCGUCUGUUGGCGAGGACGGUGCGGGGAUCCGGGGGGCCAGCGUUGGGGAGGACGACGUCUUUCUUGAGGAUCAGGGUGACAAGAAGCUGGGUAUCUUUUCACAGGCGAAUAUACUCGCCAGGACUUUUGGAGAACUCGCUGAAACGUCGACGAGAGGAUCGAGCAGUAGUGGAGACCUGCUGAGCACUCGUCUCCCCAGCGACUUCCAACUAUCCCCCGAGACCUCCACGAGCUGUCCCACCCUGACUGAACGUUCCACUACGCACGUAAGAUCCCAUUCCCCACCAGAAACUUCAUCCCGAAAUUCUUCGAACUCUUCCAAAACGUCCCCUGAGAAGAAGAGAGAAGCAGCAGCAAAUCUGCUUCGUGAUCUCCAGACAGUGGUUGAAACUGAGCAAAAUCCUGAGGUAAGGAAGCUUCUAAAGGACCUGGAGGCAGCCUUGGGGGUGGAGUCGCAUGAACAUUCCAAUUCGACACAACAGAAGGCAAAAUCUCCACUAAAAAUUCCCAAACAAGAGUCUCCGAGGAAAAAAACCAUCAAACCUUCAAUUAAAAAUAAAAGAAUGACUGAGGAAUCUCCAGAAACCUCCCAACAUAUGCCUCCGAGAGAUAAGACUGCGAAAUAUUCAAAUAAAGAAAAAACAAUGGCCGAAGAGUCCCCAGAAGGUCCCAAGCAAGAAACUCCAAGUAAAAAGACUGCCAAAUCUUCAAAUAAAAAUAAAAAAAUGGUUAAAGACCAAUCAGAAGAUCUUCAGAACGCCCCGGAAGAAAAAUCUCACCCCUCAGUCUCAAAAAUCAACGAAAAAUCCCAGGAAGUUGGAGACACCUUCCAAGAACCUUCCCAGGUCGCCGAAAAAUCUGAAUCAUCAAGAGAGGCAAUAACUGUGGAGGAUUCAGAAGAAAGCGAUAAAUCCUCAUCGAUGAAUCAGGAAUCAGAGGCAAGUACAGAGGACAAUACAGAGUCUGGGCUGGAUCCCCAGCUGGAAAGCGCCAACAACUUGAACGUGAAUUUCAUAGGCAAGUCCUCCUCGAAGGAGGUCCCAGAAUUUGCCACUCAACAAUCCUUCACAACCCAAAAGCUGAUCCUGGACAUUCAGCUGGCGCUGGGCAAGCUCCUAGAGGACUGCAAGGACGAGCCGGCACUGGUCCUGGAGAACCUGAACAAAGUAUUAACCCCAAAGCUCGAAAGGCGUCCAAUAUCUCCGAGAAAAUCGAAUCUUCCCAGUCGUGGCUUAAAGUCUCUGGAUCACCAUUCCCCGGAGUCGCAAAAUCUCUCCCAGAAGGCAUCGUGGAAGGGCCUGCCCUCGAGGCCUCGUUCCUCGAUGUCUCACGCUGGUGAUAACUCCUGGGGCUCAGUUUCCAAAGGACUGAUCAGCCCCAGAAAAUACAGAAGAAACACUAGUGAUCCAGGACUUGUCGAUGUAACCGUGGAGAAGACAGUGGAGGUGAACGUGAAGAUAAAAUCAACCCUUCCAGUGGGUGACAAAGCAAAGCUGAAGAAGAAAAACGACCCUGUGGGGACGAAGAAGGGCCCCAUGAAGGCCCUGGUGCCCCUAGGGAACAUGCAGAGACCUGGGGCACGUGGAGCACCUGGUACGCCACCAAAGAGGCAUAAAGCCUCCUCGCCCAUGAAAAUUGCAACCAGCACUCCCGAUCCUAGUCCCAUUGUCCUUGGGAAGAAGGGGAAAGUGAAACCAGUGGCUUCGUCAACUCCAGACGUUGCCAGUAAGGAUAGGAGCAGCAGGAGCCACAUUCCACAGAGUCCCAGGAAGAAUAUCAACUGGAAUAUUUCUCCGGUCACGCCAAAUUCCAAGGGCAGUGCCAGUGGAGUGUUUGCAGAAACUGAUGUCGUUCAGACUCCGAAGAAAGUAGAGAAGGGCUUGAAGAGCAGUUCCCCGGUCAUUGCGGGGCUGACCAAGGUCAAGGAGAGGAUCAUCCGUGGAAGGAGGUCUGAGCCUGUCCGCGGAUCUCCCAAGACUGAGGAGAAGGGAGGGGAUAAUUGUGGGAGUCCUCUAAAAGAGAACAAUGUGAUAAAGACCAAGCCAUUGAACCUGACGCCGAAGUUUCGUCGUCGAAGUGGCAGUCUCGGAAGCAUCGAGAAGGAAAAUAAAUUUUUGAAUCACAAAGUUUGAGAGGAAGUAAUCAAAUAUGUCAGCGUUCACUAACACCCGAAUUCACAUGAAUUAUUAUGAUUUUUACGGUUUUUUACUGAAGUUUUGUAUAAGUCAAUAAAUUAUCUAUAAAUUUUUUAAUCAAAA